GAGGAGCCAUGGAGAAGAAUGAGACAAAACCAUAAUUUUGGCGCCAUAGCAUUUGGGGCUGUUACUGAACCGAUUUGCUUACGAAGCUCGAGCUGCCCCACACUCCGCUGAUUCCUUUGCUCAUCGCCAACCAUUUUCCAUCCUAAAAAUUUCUCGACUCCAAAUCUCUGUUUUCAUGUAAAAUUACCAUAAUUCAAUCCUUUCUCUCCUUCGUGUUUCUGAUUUGCCUCGAUCAUGCCGGGAACCAUCAGAGUUUCUGUUCUGGAGUUCAUGGACCUACCUGAGCUAUUGCCUUUGCCAAUUUUGAUUAAGAUUUCCAUGGGAAAAAGACAGUAUGAAACAUCGGAGAAAGGAGAUUUCUCAUUUCCAUUGACGACGCUUCGAGAUGAUGUGAUUCUUAUAAUUCAGGAUGCUGGAGGGAAUGAGGUAUCACGUGCAGGUGUUCAGGCGAAAUCAAUAGUCGAGAAGGGUUACUGGGAUGAUCUUUUUCCUCUUGAAGGAGGAGGCCGUGUGCAUUUGAAGUUCCAGUUUGCUCUUAGUGAAGAUGAUCGCAGUCGAAUUCGGACAAUGAGAGAAACCGCUAUGAGAAGAAAACAAGUUGAGCGUCAAGAUAGAAAUCUCAAUAGCUCUGGAAGCAGCCUUGCUUCAUCUUUUUACCUCAACCCCGAGCUCUCAGAUUCCCAAAAAUGUCUUCUCCAAGUUGGAGAUCUAAGUGCUAAAGAAGCGGCUCAUCAAUCUUCAUCAGCAUCAACUGAAGAUGUCCCUGAUGACAAGCCGGUUACUGAAAAAACAAACGACACUCAGCUCGAUCAGGUUGAACGACUUUCAGUUGAGAAUGAUGCAGACACAAAUGAGGAUAACCCAUCAGCAAUUCCUCGUGUAAACAAACCUUCACCUACCAUUCGUUCAGAAAAAAAGGUUUUCCAUUCUCAAGGCUCAGAGUUAUCCAGAUCUCCAGCAAAAGAUGAAAAGAAGACCGGUUCUACAGAUAGGAAAACUCCCAGCAUGGUGAAAAAUGUAAUAAGUGCCUUUGAAAGUAACUUGACUCAGGAUACAACCCCUCGCAUUAAACCUACCUUAAGAAGUACUCAAAUCGGUGUGGUAGAGAAGCAAACAUCUCUAAAAGUUUAUCAGUCUAAGGAAGGAACGACAAUAGACCGUCCUCUUGCACGGGAGUUGACCCAUGAUUUCAAGCAAAAUGAACAGAAACGGAAAUUCAUCGAGGCUUCAGAUGGGACUAAAUUAUCUGAGAACGCUUGGCAAUCGCUAAAGUUGAAAGGGAAGAAGAAUCAAGUUGGAGGAGAAAAUUUGAGGGAAAAGGAUCAAAUGAAUAAGAAGCAUGAUGAUAUAGAUGCAAAGAAUGAUGGAGCUUAUCAAAAGUCAAUGCCUGAGAAGCCAGACUAUGUCAAAGAUGAACAGUUUUCUUCCAAAAGGUCUGGUGGUUGGAUAUUUCCAGAUGAAAAAAGACGGGUGUGUGUCACAACAGGUGGUAAUCAGAUGCUAGAAGAUAUGGUGGGAGGUCGCACUAGCUAUACAUUUAGCCGUAAAGUGGAAAUGAAGAUUUCCACGGAAGAGAGUAGAAGGACCUCAGAAACGAGGGCAAAUAGGGGGAAGCAUGAUCAUCAAGAAAUGAUUAAACCAGAGAGUUCAGAUGAUGUAAAACCUUCUGAAGGACCACUUGCCAAUGCCUUCAAGAUUGCAGUAAUGAUUGGGUUUGGAACUCUUGUUCUCCUUACCAGACAAAGGAAAAAGAAGAGAUAAGCAGUUGGGUUAUGGAUCCGCACCAAUUGUUUUCAAGGGAUGUAAGCUUUUACUUCCAUAAACAGCAACCCAGUUUUUCUUCCCCCAUUCUUUUUUUAUCUUCACCACAUGCAUAUUAACUAAUUUUAGUGUUCCGUACAGAAUGUGUCGUGAAUGUACUUGUAAUUUCUGUCUCCAUCCCAUUGUAUAAAUUUUGUUCUGAUCCGAAAUCAACCUUAUAUUCUGAUGUUAUUUAGCUUCAUUGAGGUAUCAAGACAAUGUCUCUGCC